GUUUAAAUCAACGGAAAAGAACAGAGCAAUGGAAACCGGCCAUGGCGUCGCUCUUCUCUUCUGCAAAUUUUUUUUAGAGAGAGAAAGAGGAAGAAUAAAGUGAUUUCGAUGAGUCACGCCAAUUUUCGCUUUUCUGAACCACCCAAAUAAAGCAGAAUAGGGGGAAAAAAAAAAAAAAAAAAAAAAGCAAAGUGGAGGAUACAGUCGCAAUUUGUGAAAAGCUUCUGCGUAGAUUCUUGUUCCGUUCAGGCUUUCUUUGAAUCCUUAUGCUCCGGUUGUGCUGCAAUCAUUUCUCAGUUGUCUAAAGUAAAGAUUUGUGCUUUCUUUUUAACAUUAUCUCUUGCCUUUCGCAUCGACUGUGGAAAUAUUGGAUUUUCGAAGAAAUUUUCAAAUUUCUUGUGAUGCGUCUGCGAAAGAUGAAUGCAUUGACCCACUUUUAUUAUUGUUUUUUUUUCUGGAAAAAAAGGGCAAAGACGAUUAGCGAGCAACGACCAAUCUUCCAUUAUGUUUCUACACUUUGAAAGUUCAAAUUAAGUGUCGUUAAGAGUAUAUUCUUAUUCGUAUUUCAAAACUUGUGUUUUCCCUCUCAAGAACUUUUGUUCAAUCUCCGAACAAUCCCACUUGAUGGUUCUUGGUUUUACUUUAGAUUCCGAUUUCAACAGCUUGUUUAUUGAAUGAUUUGAGAAAAUGGGCGGUGGGAUUGGAGGAGGGCGGGUGGAAGUUAUUACCGGCAAGGGGUGUUCGAGGCGCUUUAGGGAUUUCUCUGCCUCAUUCAGGGGCAUCCCCUCAUUCUCGUUGGAGCCCUUCUCCCCAAUUUCCUCUGCCUCUGCAAUUUCUGACUCUCCAGUUACAGCAAUCAACUCCGAUGGACCCUUCUCUGGUCUAGUCAUUUGCGUUACUGGAUUAUCAAAAGAAACAAGAAAUCAAGUCAAGGAAGCGACGGAGAGAUUGGGAGGUCAAUACAGUGCUCAUCUUCAUCCUCAAUGCACUCACUUGGUGGUUCAGAGUUUCCACGGACGUAAAUUCGAGCAUGCUUUGAAACAUGGAUCAAAGAAUGGGCUAUUCCUAGUUACAAUCGGCUGGUUUGUGGAUAGUGUUAGAAGGAAUGCUAGGUUGAACGAAAUGCUUUAUGGUGUUAAUGAUAAUGAAGAUUGUGGAACCCCAAAUGGUGGCUCUAAGCGGUUUGAACAGAAGUCAGGUGCCGAGCGCUCUUGUCUUCCUGUUGGCUUGGCUAAGCCUUCCAGACAACCUGAAAUUAUUGAUGCUCCUGGACUGCGGUAUCCAGAGUUUGAUGGUAAAAGACAAACUGUAUCAUCACCCCUGUCUGGACAAUCCUUCUAUGUUGAUGUAGAUGUGCCCCAUGAACUCCGCAGUAAGGUUACUGAGGCUCUCUCUGCUGAAGGGGCUACCUUACUGGAUCAAUGGUUUGUGGGCUGCCCUGCUACUCAUGUAGUAUGUGAAGGACCUGCCACAUGUAAAUAUCUGGGGCAUUCGAGUCACCUUGUCACUCCACUAUGGGUUUUGAAGUCGGUGAAAGAGAACUCAUUACAAAGACUUGUCCACUUAUCGGUUGAUUUGGCUAGGUAUACUGGUGCAAUGCUCGAUACAUACCACGACAUUUCCAGGGAGGAAAUUAAAAGAGUAAAUGGUUCUCAAAACAUACCUUGUCCCGUCUUGAAAACAAGUCACGAAGAAAGGAAAAUGAGAAUGAACCUGGCCAAAGAUGGUGUAAGAAAGCGCCGAAACCGCAGAAUGCAGACAUGCCAAACUCCAAUUCGGCCAAUAUCAUCGGGCACUCUCUUGGAUUCCAUAUGUUGGUCAGUCUCAGAGCCUACGUCAAGUGCUAGUAUAUACACGGAGUCUUCAAGCGUAGAGAAUGCCAAUGAUAAUGACCAGACAUCCGUCUUCCUUGAUGCUAAGGAAGACGGAAAGGAAUCCGACACUUCAUUUGUGAACUUAUCUCGACCUCUCACAGAAAGCGAGAAGUCUGAGUUAGUACUCAAGAACCAUUUCCUCACGAUCUUGUUUCCAGUUGAUCGAUUUUCAGAGAUGGGCCCGACAUCGAGGACAUUAUUCAGCAGUAAAGGCUUUAUGUGUUUGCAGUUACUGGAUUAUAUCUAUGAAUUCUACCAGGAGAAUAUGUCGACCGAGGAAAUAGAAAUGGCGAUCCACACUGACUCGAGGCACGCUGAUCGGCUGCGAUUUGCUUACUCUAGCAAGGAGGCAGCGGAAUCCGGGCGUGUGGAGUUCAAGCGGAUUGAUUUUCUUGGCAGCCGAAAGAGUUUUGAGAUGUUGAAACGAGUGUCGGGCGACAAUAACAGUAAUGUUUACGAGUUACGGAUCAGAGCAUGACAUUGCAGCUGCAUUAUGUAUACAUACAUUUUUAGGAUCUGUCAGAAAUUCGAAAUUCUUAGGCAUAGAACAAUGGUUGUGGUCUGAGAUCAGACAUCAAUGGUUCGAAUAAGGGAUAGCAGAGAGAGAGAGAGAGAGAGAGAGGGUAAUCUAGCUAUCAUCCUCUUUUCUUAGUAAUUACACAUUCAUUUAUAUUUAUUGUGCAGGUUAUCAUCUCCUUCAAGUGUGUAUAAUAGCAAGCAUUAUACGACAACAUGAAAUUGGCUUGUAAUUGAUUGAUUACAUGUGUCUGAAUGUCAUCAGAAUGUAGUUUGCUGUUAUUACUUCU